AGUGUUUGGCUGAUUCAGUGUGGUGUGUUUGUAUGCCCUGACAUGUGACAGGAGUAGGAGGAGGAAUGAAGCAGGGCAAAGGAAAGCUAUGAACGACACACAGCGCGAGAGAGGGGGAAGAAGGGAGGGAUUACCACUUAACUUUACUUACUUACAAAGAAUAUAGUAGUAAACAUUUUUUUUUCAUGUUUACACUUUAUCCUCCCAGCUGCAACACGAAGGCCCUACUCUGUCUUAAGUUUAUGUUAGUUAGCUGUCUGACAUUAGCUCUUGUUUAUUAGCCUUCAAACAAUUUGUCAACAGCCGAUCGAUCCGAGGACUGCACUGCUCUCCCCCCUGGUUUACUUUAGCUGACUCUCGUAGCGGGAACAUCCCCAGAACCAGAGGCGCUACAGUGGGGAAGAACGUCAAGCUGUGAUGGCUACGUGACAUGAGAUGAGCCGCCGAGUCAGCUUCAACAGGAACCAUGGACGGGUUUCAGCAAACGGCCACAGAGCAGCACAGCAGGGUGAAUGGCUACUGCGAGGCCAAGUCUCCUCGGGACAAGCCGGACGUCAGGUGGACGCCUCCGGAGGUGGAGUCGGCAGGCUCGGACAGCUGCGGGGCCGCCGGCGCGUCGGAGUCGACGGACCUCAGCGAGGUGAAGACCAGGGAGAGUGAAGACGAGGAGGACAAGGAGAAGAAGGGGGAGGCGCUUCCUUCCAGAGGCCUGAAAGGGGAACAGAGGAAAAAACAGAAGGACGGUGAAAACCAGGAUAGCAGUCACAGCAAGGACAACGGCGCGUCAUCAAGCUACACAGAUCUUUCCCAAACGUCUUCGCCGUCACUAUCGGAGCAGCUUCGUCUUGGCAGAGAAGACAACGCGGCUUCCGGGAUCAGCGUGGAGUGCAAGGUCUGUGGGGACAAGGCGUCUGGCUUCCAUUACGGAGUACACGCCUGUGAAGGCUGCAAGGGCUUUUUCCGACGGACCGUGCGGAUGAAACUGGAAUACGAGCGCUGCGAGCGUUCUUGCAAGAUUCAGAAGAAGAAUCGCAACAAGUGCCAAUAUUGUCGCUUCCAGAAGUGCCUGUCUUUGGGAAUGUCCCAUGAUGCGAUCCGAUACGGACGCAUGCCUGAGGCGGAGAGGAAGAAGCUGGUGGCGGGCCUCCUCGCAGAGGAGCUGAACCUCAGCAAACCGGGCGGCUCCGACCUGAAGACGUUGGCCAAACAAGUGAACACAGCCUACCUGAAGAACCUCAGCAUGACCAAGAAGAGGGCCCGCAACAUCUUGACUGGCAAAACCAGCAGCACCGCACCAUUUGUGAUCUACGACGUGGACACGCUCUGGAAGGCGGAAAGCGGGUUGGUGUGGAGCCAGCUGGUUCCGGGCGCACCGCUGACCAAGGAGAUCGGCGUUCAUGUGUUCUACCGCUGUCAGUGCACCACGGUGGAGACGGUGCGAGAGCUCACGGAGUUUGCCAAGUGCAUUCCAGGGUUCGUGGACCUCUUCCUCAAUGACCAGGUGACGCUGCUCAAAUAUGGUGUUCACGAGGCUAUUUUCGCCAUGCUGCCGUCUCUCAUGAACAAGGAUGGACUUUUGGUGGCCAACGGGAAAGGCUUUGUGACGAGGGAGUUUCUGCGCAGCUUACGGAAACCCUUCAGUGAGAUCAUGGAGCCAAAGUUUGAGUUUGCUGUCAAGUUCAAUGCUCUGGAGUUGGAUGACAGUGACCUGGCCCUGUUUGUUGCUGCCAUUAUUCUCUGCGGAGAUCGUCCCGGGCUAAUGAACGUGAAGCAGGUGGAGCAAAGUCAGGACAGCAUCCUCCAGGCCCUGGACCUCCACUUCCAAGCGAACCACUCUGACUCUCUCUACCUCUUCCCCAAGCUGCUUCAGAAGAUGGCCGAUCUUCGCCAGUUGGUCACGGAGAACGCUCAGCUCGUCCAAAAGAUCAAAAAGACCGAGUCGGAGACCUCGCUCCACCCUCUACUACAGGAGAUCUACAAAGACAUGUAUUAGAGAAAUCUCCAGCACAGACUGAUUUUGAAGCAAUACUGUUACAAACAGAAUCGUUCGGUUAUAUAAUAACACACUGCAUUCAGUGGAAGCACUGUUUUCCAUACGUUGGCAUGGAUUUGAACUCGCAGAUGAAGCAGAUUCACUUUGUUAGGGCUAUCACAAUCAGGAAAAGUCCCACAGAAUCAGCAUUGCUCUCCCCCGUGCGACGAGCAUCUGGAAUCAUUUGCUGCAAAGCCUUAGUUUUCCCACAAUGGCCACCUAACAGGAAGAGUGAUAUGUUUUCUUAUAGAGGCUGCUCCUGUUUCAUCCUCAUAGCAAAGCUGACCCCAGAGCAGUGUUUUGAGAGCGAGAGAGAGAACUUCUUCUCGCUCAUCCGUGCUUUGCGUUUCGCUGGGAAAGGGAAAGCAUUUCAUGUUCCUUCGCCAGUGGUACAGUUGAAAUGGAAGAGGGAAAUCAGGGUUAUUUUUAUUCUUUUUAGAAAGAGUGAUUGUAAUUAUUGUCAGAAUUGUAUUACAACCGAAGAUGCACAAAUUGAUAUUUGUUUACAACAUCGUCACCAUCAUCAUCAUUAACCCUUCCACCUUGCCAUUUGGUUUGAAGAACACAAACUGGGCUGGCUCCAGCAGUGUAGAGCUCUCUUAGUGUCUGUGCAAUAUCAUUUCUGUUUGUCAAUAAAUGUGAAAUCCAACUCAUUUAGGUUUUGUCUUAAAAGCCAUUGAUCCAAGUGAAAAUAGUUCAACUUAGCUGACACUAUAAACAUGUGACUUGUGAAAGUACGAGGGACAGCAAGCUUUCUUUCAUUUGUGCGGGAAACUGAACUUGCCAUUCUCUGGUUUUGUUAGCGCAUUUCUCUGUGAUUAUGUUACAAAUGACUUGUGUUUGUUGACGAUAUUGUUAGAGCAAAUUAUGAAUGACGCCAUUUCAUGAAUUUAAGUAUAUUUGUAUAUCCAUGCCUACCUGUUUAGAUUAGGUUUUACCAAAUAUACCAUCAUGCAAACCAACAAACUUUUCUUGAACAUGAACAUGUUGAAUUCCAUGGUGCAGGAGGACUUUAUAGGAAACCAGCAUACAGAACCAUUAUAUUGUGACUGGCAGAUUCUAUCAUAAUUGAAAGUCUAACUCAGUUUCUGAGCUUUUGUGUUCAAGAUAUACACAACCCAAAAGUACUGUUCACUUUCGUGUGUCUGAUUUAUGUUGCAGCUUGACAGUUUUGACUUUUUUUUUCUGCCAGUUCUGAUUUACUCAAUUCAUCUUUCAGUAGUCUCUUGUGCUUUUGUCUUUAUCCCCAUCUACCUCCAAAUGUAUGAAUAUUUCACUGUCUUAUCGAAUCUUUGACAUUUAUUUUUGCCUUAAUCCCUAUUAUUAAUGCACCUUGCAAAAUGUUGUAUCAUCGGCUCACUUCAAGUGUGCUAUGCAAAGCAAAGGAUGUUGGUUGGGUCUGUGCAUGUCACGGUAACUGGAUUUUCUCACCAGAAAACGGUAAUGGGGGGAGAAAUGAGGAGUUAUUUGAUUUUUGUUUUAAAAUGCAAAUUAUUCAGUAGAACCAAUUUUUGCUAUUGUGGUCAAAAAAAAAAAAAAGAUGGAAGUUUUUGUCAUAUUUAAGUUAGCGAAAUAGUUUUUUAAAAAAUGCUAAUUUUCCUCACCUUCCACAGCUUAACAUGUGAGAGAAAUAUGACCUCAUUUCCUAUAGGGAUGGAUGAGGCUCAAUAGUUUAUUGUUUUUUAAACAUAUAUUCUCAUACAAACCCUUCAAAAUUGUAUACAUUGUUUCUUUUCAUAUGUUCCUGUCCAUUCCUGUCUGCCUGUGGUGAUAAGCUAUGUGGAACAAUACCUGUGAGUUUUAAGUUACAGCACCUCCAAAAAAAAAAAUCAUUGCAGCAGUCACACAUUUAGGUGCAAGUUAGGGAAUUAUUUUUUUUUCUUUGUUUUUGACCACAAAAAAAAAAAAAAACAGCCACAUUUUAAAAUAAAAAUAUAAUAUACACUUGCUCUUUUUUUGGAGUUGUUUUUUGAUGACUGGUUUCUAGUAAGAAAAUCCAUUUACCGCAGAGAUCUGAUAAAGCAAGAAAUUACACCAAAAAGUGUAAACAAAAAAAAAGCUACCUCUAAAUGAUGGGUUGAAUAAUUUGUUUGCAGAAGCACGUAGUAGAACUUGAAAUAUUUUCCUAUUGUAACAUGUAUAACCUAUAUUCACUUUAUAGUUUAGUGAUUUCUCACAUAUAAAAUAGAAAUGAUAACA